UCCUUGAGGAAAUUCCAGUAACGGCCUGAGCCCGGGAAGGAGCCGCAGAGCUGACAGCGGGGAACCGGAGAGCCGAGGCCUGGGGCCCAGUGAGCGAGGGAGGGAGCGAGCGACAGGAGCCGGCGAGAGAGAGCGCGGGAGUGAGGGAAGCCGCCGUCGCCGUGUGUGGGGCCGCUCAAUGCCAUGUGAUGUGGAGCUUUAUCCGGGCAAUCCUCCGAUCGAGCCCUCAAGAAAGGGUCUGGGACGUGCAGUGGCAGCAUUUCAGCUGACAUAGAGACAGGAACCGAGGGGGGCUGCAGCGGUGGGGCCGUAGAUUGGUGCGCCACAGGGACAAAUGGAAAGAACAGAGAAGAAGUACCUCAACGCAGAGCUUGAGGAUGAGAUGGAAGUGGUGGGUUACCAGCCAUGCUGGUGGAAGCUGGGCCUGGUGGGCGCAGGGACCCUGUGCAGUGGUGGGCUGUUGCUCCUCUUUCUCUACUGGAUGCCAGAGUGGAGUGUCAAGUGUAUGUGCAAGGAGGUCUCGCUCAAAGAGGCUACAGUGCUGCUACUUUGGACCACGGAUGAGUUCCACACCUGCUUCAGGGUCAGGGUGCACUACAUGGAGGCUCCAGGGUUCGAGCCCCUGGGCGCGCUCUUCCCCAGCUAUGGCAAGAAGCCCACGUACAGUCCAACCACCCUCGUGAUCGAGCACCCGGAGUGCGAGAAGGAUCUGCCAUCCAAGACUCCAGACGUGGAAGGAGUUCAGGUUCGCUAUUUCAUCCACCAAAACACGAAGUACAUGUGGAGCCCACGUGGUCAGGCGUUCCAGAGACUGGUCGCGCUGGAGGAAGGGAUUCCGUGCUCUGCGCUCCACGCCUGUUACAGCACCGGGCUGCCUGCUAUCAGCAAGGACUAUCGGAAACUCUUUUACGGAGAGAAUCAAAUUGACGUGAAAGUGCCUUCAAUCCCUCGGCUCCUGGUGAAGGAGGUGCUGAAUCCAUUCUACAUUUUCCAAGUCUUCAGUGUGAUCCUCUGGUCCUUUGACGAUUAUUACCUGUACGCAUCUGCCAUUGUCUUCAUGUCUGUCCUUUCCAUCUGUACAUCACUGUACACUGUCAGAAAGCAAUACGUCCUGUUGCACGACAUGGUGGCUGCCCACAAUGUGGUCCGGGUGAAGGUUUACCGCAGCAACAAUGUGACCGAGGAAAUCUUCUCCACUGAUCUGGUACCCGGGGAUGUCAUCGUCAUCCCGACCAAUGGCAUGAUGAUGCCCUGCGACGCAGUGCUGAUCAGCGGAACGUGUGUCGUCAACGAGAGCUUGUUAACCGGGGAAAGCGUGCCCGUCCUAAAAACCAGCCUUCCGGUCCCCGCCCGCUGCGCCAACGGGACGGUGCAGGAGGAGGAGGAGAUGUACAGCCCGGAGAGCCACAAGCGGCACACCCUGUUUUGCGGCACGGCCGUCAUCCAGACGCGGUUUUACAGUGGCGAGCCGGUGAAAGCCGUGGUCGUCCGUACAGGCUUCUACACUUCGAAAGGGCAGCUGGUUUGCUCGAUCCUUUACCCGAAGCCCACCGACUUCAAGCUGUACCGCGACGCAUAUCGCUUCCUGCUCUGCCUGGUGUGUGUGGCUGGGAUCGGCAUGGUCUACAGCAUCAUCAGCAGCACCCUGAAGGGGGAAGAGGCUGAGCGCAUCAUCGUCGAGGCGCUGGACAUCAUUACGAUCACCGUGCCGCCCGCCCUCCCGGCAGCCAUGACAGCUGGCAUCGUCUACGCGCAGCACCGCCUCAAGCGGAAGGGCAUCUACUCCAUCAGCCCGCAGCGCAUCAACGUCUGCGGGCAGCUCAACUUGGUCUGCUUCGACAAGACGGGAACACUGACUGAGGAUGGUCUGGACAUGUGGGGCUUCCUCCGAGCACAGGACGGCAGGUUUCUCUCCCUGGAGCGUGAGGUCAGCAGCCAGACUCUUACACGGUCCUACUUCAUUGCUGCCAUGGCAACCUGCCACACUCUGACAAACAUCGAAGGGAAGAUUUCUGGAGACCCCCUGGACUAUAAGAUGUUUGAGGCGACUGGCUGGGUUCUGGAGGAGCCCACCGCUGAGGAGACAACCCUACAUGACCAGAUCAUGCCCACUGUCGUGCAUCCACCAUGUCAAACUACCUCUGCGACACCCAGCUGUGGGGAUGCUGACAUGGAGCUCCAGGAGCUGAUGAAUUCCUACGAGAUCGGCAUCAUCAGUCAGUUCCCCUUCUCCUCUGCCCUUCAACGCAUGAGUGUGGUAACCCGAACCCUCGGCGAGAGGCGGCUGACUGCCUACAUGAAGGGGGCACCCGAGACAGUGGCUAGCCUGUGUAAAAAGGAGACUGUUCCGGAGAAUUUCUCUGAGGUUUUAGAGAAGUACACGCAGCAGGGACUGAGGGUAAUCGCGCUGGCUCACCGCAAGCUGGAGGCAAAACUUACCUGGCACAAGGUGCAGAGUGUUAACAGGGCUGUGAUCGAGGGCAACAUGGAGUUCCUGGGACUGAUAAUGAUGCAGAACAAGCUUAAACCACGUUCUAUCCCCAUCCUCAGCGAGCUAAAGAGAGCGUGUAUCCGGACGGUGAUGGUGACAGGCGACAACAUGCUGACGGCGGUCUCCGUGGCUCGGGAAUGCGGCAUGAUUCCCCCGCACGGGAAGGUGAUCGUCACCGAGGCGUCGCCUCCGAAGGACGGUCAGGCUGCCACCAUCCACUGGCAGCACGCGGAGGACCCGAGCAGCUGGAGGAAGCAUGUGGGGACCGACACCAAGGAUGUCCGAAUAAACGUGGAGGAUGGCAGCCUGAAGGAGCGGCCCCAGUCACCUGAAAUCUCCUACCAUUUCGCCAUGAGUGGAAAAUCCUUCGCUGUGAUCACGGAACACUUCCCUGACUUGCUUCCCAAGCUGCUCCUGUGCGGGACGGUUUAUGCUCGCAUGGCUCCAGAUCAGAAAACUCAGCUGGUGGAGGCACUUCAGAAAGUGGACUAUUAUGUCGGAAUGUGUGGCGAUGGUGCUAAUGACUGCGGGGCGCUGAAGCGAGCUCACGCUGGAAUCUCCCUCUCUGAGCUCGAGGCUUCCGUGGCAUCGCCUUUCACCUCGAAGACCCCGGACAUUUCCUGUGUGCCGGAUCUCAUCAGAGAGGGUCGGACAGCCCUGGUCACCUCCUUCUGUGUUUUUAAAUUCAUGGCUCUGUACAGCAUCAUUCAGUACCUCUCCGUCUUGCUGCUUUAUUCGGUCCUGAGUAACCUGGGAGAUGUUCAGUAUCUGUUCAUCGACUUGGCCAUCAUCAUGUCCAUCGCAUUCACGAUGAGCUUGAAUUCAUCCUGGAGGGAGCUUGUCCCACGGAGACCACCGUCCAGCCUGAUCUCUGUGUCGAUGCUGCUGUCUGUGUCAAUGCAAAUCCUCCUCUCACUGGCCUUUCAGGUCACGGCCUUCCUGCUGGUUAAGGAACAGCCCUGGUACGAGACGUGGACCCCCUCCUCAAAUGUUUGUAACGGGAGCUGGGGUGAGGAGCUGACAAACACCAGCAUUUCAGUUCACAACGAGUCUGAAGUGGACGAGCACAAUAUCUCAAAUUAUGAAAAUACAACACUUUUUUUUGUCUCUUGUUGCCAGUAUCUGGCAGUUGCCUUUGUGUUCUCGAAGGGAAGGCCCUUCAGGGAGCCUGUCUACAGAAACUAUUUAUUUAUGGGUUGUAUUCUGGUCCUUUAUGGCUUCAUCAUUCUGAUUAUGAUGUACCCGAUCGAAAUUAUUGAUGACUUCUUUCAGCUGGUCUGUGUACCCCCGGAUUGGCGAAACAAGAUGCUGCUUUUAAUUCUAGCCAAUGUAACCCUUUGUGUUCUGGUGGAGAACCUCUUGUGUGACUCCAGCUUCUGGUGGCUAAGGAAUCUCUUCGCUGGAAGCUACAACGAGCACCCUGUCCCUGAUGUCUACCCACAGCUGGACUUGAGCCCUGCGACACUGACCUGUGGGAGGAGACUGUGGGAUCAAAGAGGCCGACCUCCCAAGGCCAAGUACAAGCGGCUGGCCCAGGAGCUGCUGGUGGAUCCAGACUGGCCGCCCAAACCCAAGACCAGCACCAAGGCCAAGGGCCUCUGCGGGGAGAGCGGUGGCCGGGAGGGGCAGGGCUGGAGCCCGGGUGACACCGCCACGCAGUUAUGACUAACCGCUCGGAAAUUUGGACUGGCCGA